AUGGGUCGCUCCAGCGCUCGUGGCGUCGCGGUGCGGCAUGGCCACAGCGUGGCGCACUGCAGAACAGUGGAAGAGGCCGCGCGGCUUAUCCAGCUGCUGGCCUCCGACAGCCCCGAUGCCAGCGUCCUCGACGGGUUCGAGCAGGGCCUCAGGGGCGCUGGAGAGAAGCUGGGCCUAGGGCGCAAGGCCACUUCCGAGGAGGUGCGCCGAGCCCUGGCCAAGGCUCAGCCAGAGCUGGCGCGGCGGUGGGUGGCGAUGCGAGGCGGCAGGCGCUGGGCAGCCGAUCCCGACAGGGACUUGUUACAGGAGGUAAUGGAGGCCCUGGACGCCCACCCUGGCACCAUCGGGUCGGAGCAGGACGAGGCGAGUCAAGGCAAGCUUGAAGAGAAAGCAAACACGACGGCGCUCCUAGCCGAGAAGGUCCUCGAGCUACAGGCGGCGGACCAGCGCUACCAGAAGCUCCUGGCGGACACGUCUGAGGAGCAGCGCGCGCUGGAGCUGAAGGUCCAGAUGACGGAGGACGAGGCAGCGCAGCUCUCCCACAGGUCGCACGAGCAGAGCCAGAAGAUCUCGCAGCUCGAGCAGGCCCUGGCGGAGCUGCAGGAGCGCCGUGGUGCGGCGGCGGGAACCCUCUCCCCAGCGCGCAGGGCUGAGGGGCGCGCCCCGUUCGCGGAGGUCCCCGCCUUCCCACGCCUGGCUUCGGGCAGCGGCGUGCAGACGGAGGAGCUCGAGGUCGGCGUCGGGGAGGGCCAGCAGAACACCGCAGAGCACGGGCAGAGCAACGGCGAUGCUCAGGGGGCGUACGGGGACCAGAAGAGCACCAAGCAGAACCAGGGCAGGCACCUGAACAUAGUGAAGACGGAGGAGCGCAACGGCACCGCGAUGGAGGGCGUCGGCAGCGAGUUCGACGACCAGGGCGAGACGUUGGGCGCCAACGCGGAGGAGGUGAGCACCAAGGGUGGCAAGGACGGCUCCGCGGGCAAGCACAUGCAGGGGGCCGUCGGCAACCAGCAGAGCACCGUGGGGAACCAGGGCAGUCACCUGCGCACCUACGCGACGAAGCAGAGCACCAGCGACGUGCAGGAGUACCAGGCGCGGUGGGGGGCCGCACAAACAACCCCCAGCCGGCGCACGCAGAGGCGUGCGAAGAAGCCGCAGAACCCCGAGCUGAUGCAGGAGCAGCAGCAAGUAGCGGACGCAGGGACGUCCAGAUUCACACGUGUGGCAGUUCUCAUCCUCGUGCUGGCCCGCGGCCUAAUCGCCCUCGCUGUGAUUGAGAAUCGAGGAUGGCACGUGUUUUCCGCUCCAGGGAGGUCGGCCCCUGACUGCCAUUUCCACGACGGAUUCGUGUGCUUGGCCGAGAUCUCCGUCGACCAGGACGGCGGCGCGCAUGGCUUGGGCCCAGAAGGCGAAGCGUAUGAGUUCGACGAUAGCUACGUCGUCGGCGACGAGAUGGUGUGGCUCCUGCAGUGCACCAAGGGAUCGCCGCCUUGGUACACGUACUCCGAGCCCUGCCUGGCAGCCAGCGAAGAGGAGCACGAGCCCUGGCAGCAGCCCUGA